UUUGGACUCGGGCUCUGCCUCUGCCACAUGUUGAGAAAAAAUUGACUUGGUCUCAGGCUUAAAAUCCACACACUCCAAGAUCUUACAUUCAACUGUCAUGCUGAGCAUUUUGACCGUCAAAUCAAAUGGCCUUUCCACUGAAUCAUCUUUUGCCAAUACGCUGCUCUAUAAAUUCAUUCUCUUCUGCCAUUCCUCCAUUUCCAAGUCCACCAGUUCAGAGACAUGGCUUCUCACUCCACCCACUUCCAAUUUGCCAUUCUCACCGCCAUCAUAGUUUUGAAAUGCUGUUCAUUUCCCAUUGUUGAGUCGGCCACUCUGAAUCUUGACACCGACAAGCAAGCUUUGACUGCGCUCAAGUCUGCAUUUCACAACAUUCAGCCCCCCAAUGCCUUAUCUUCAUGGAACAAUCAAACUUCAUCUCCCUGCAACUGGGUCGGCGUUAGCUGCACCAGACAUGGAAGCAGAGUGAUCGGACUUAAUCUCACCGGCUUCCAACUCGCCGGCUCCGUCGACCCUCACAUUGGGAACCUCUCAUUUCUUCGUUCACUUCAACUCCAGGACAAUCGAUUAACAGGGCCGAUCCCAGUUCAAAUCAGCAAGCUUUCUCGCUUGAGAGUUCUGAAUAUGAGUUUCAACAAUUUGGAGGGUCAAUUACCCUCCAACAUCAGCGCCAUGGCUGAUCUCGAGAUCCUGGACUUGAUGGCCAACAGAAUCAAUGGGAGACUCCCUGAUGAACUCACCCGCUUGACCAAGCUUCAAGUUCUGAUUUUGGCGCAAAACCAGCUCUACGGUGCAAUCCCACCAUCUUUUGCUAACCUUUCUUCACUUGUUACCAUAAAUUUAGGCACGAAUUCAAUCAGUGGUCCAAUUCCCAGCCAAUUAGCCGACCUUCCAAACUUGAAGGACCUCAUAAUCACCAUUAACAACCUCUCUGGCCCUGUUCCUCCCGGCAUAUUCAAUAUGUCCUCCUUGGUCACUCUGGCCUUGGCCUCCAACAACCUUUGGGGAACAUUUCCCAAGGAUCUCGGCGAAAAGCUCCCUAAUCUUUUGGUGUUCAACUUCUGCUUCAACAAAUUUACAGGAACUAUUCCUGAGUCGCUGCAUAACAUCACCAAAAUACAAGUCAUACGCUUCGCACACAACUUUCUUGAAGGGAUGGUUCCACCGGGUCUGGAGAAACUUCACGAUCUGUCGAUGUACAACAUCGGAUACAACAAGUUUGUGGGUUCAGAUGCAAAUGGGGGUCUCGAUUUCAUCACUUCCUUGACGAACAGCUCUCGCCUUGCCUUUCUAGCUAUUGAUGGGAACAGUUUCGAGGGUGUGAUUCCAGAUUCCAUUGGGAAUCUCUCCAAGGAUCUUUCUAAGCUGUACAUGGGAGAGAAUCGUCUAUAUGGGAAUAUACCCACCACGAUUUCUAAUCUGCAGGGCUUGUCUCUGCUAAAUUUGAGCGACAACUCGUUCUCUGGGGAAAUCCCACCCCAAAUUGGCAAGUUGGAAAAGCUUCAAAUGCUUGGUUUGGCAAGGAAUCGAUUUUCUGGUCGGAUUCCAAGUUCUUUGGGUGAUCUUCGAAUGUUGAAUCAAAUCGAUUUAUCAGGAAAUGAUUUGGCUGGUAACAUACCCUCCUCUUUCGGCAACUUUGUGAAUCUGCUCACUUUGGAUUUGUCCAAAAAUAAGCUCAAUGGAAGCAUACCAACUGAGACUCUCAAGUUGCCUGCUUUGAGCAAGAUUUUAAAUCUAUCCAAUAACCUUUUUAGUGGGUCUCUGCCUAAAGAAAUUGGGUCUCUAGAAAAUGUUGUCACUAUCGAUAUCUCCAGUAACCAUAUCUCUGGUAAUAUUCCUCCUUCUAUCAGUGGUUGCAAGAGCUUAGAGGCAUUGAUAAUGGCCAGAAAUGAAUUCUCGGGUCCAAUUCCAGUAACUUUGAAAGAUCUUAGAGGUCUCCAACUUCUAGAUCUCUCCUCGAACCAUCUUUCAGGCCCAAUUCCGGACGAGCUUCAGCAAUUAAGAGCUCUUCAAACUCUAAACCUCUCUUUUAACGAUCUCGAGGGAGCUGUUCCAAAAGGUUUUGAAAAUAUCACAACCAUUUAUUUGCAAGGCAACACCAAGCUUUGUGACCAACAUUUCUCAUGUGUAGCCGGUGGGACAAAAGGGAAGGUGGUCAAAAUUGUUGUCAUCUCUGUUUUGUCAGCAGCGUUGGUCAUAUUUCUUAUAUUUGGCGCUACGGUGUACCUAAUGAGAAGAAAAUCAAAGGAUACGUCAGCAUCCAGUGAUCUGAUCAAGGGGAAGCCAGAAAUGGUGUCCUACCGUGAGCUCUGUUUGGCAACUGGGAAUUUCAGCCAAGAAAAUUUGAUUGGAAAAGGAAGCUGUGGGAGUGUAUACAGAGGCUAUUUGGAACAGGGGAUUGCGGUUGCAGUCAAGGUCAUCAACACCGAAAGGGCUGGUUCUGUGAGGAGCUUUCUUGCAGAGUGUGAGGCUCUGAGGAACGUGAGACAUCGAAAUCUUGUUAAACUAAUCACAUCUUGCUCCAGCAUAGACUUCAAAAACAGGGAGUUUUUAGCUUUGGUUUAUGAGUUCUUGAGUAAUGGAAGCUUGGAUGCGUGGAUUCACAAGCAUAAACUUCACGCAGAUGGAAGUGGGCUAAAUUUACUUGAGAGAUUGAACAUUGCCAUUGAUGUUGCUUCUGUGUUGGAUUACCUCCAUAACGGGUACGAUGUUCCAAUUGUUCACUGUGAUCUGAAGCCCAGCAACAUCGUCUUGUCUGAAGACAUGACUGCAAAAGUUGGGGAUUUUGGGUUGGCUCGUCUGCUGAUGGAAAGUGAAAAUAGCCAAUCGUAUUCCAUUACUUCCACUCAUGUCCUAAAGGGUUCCAUCGGCUACGUUCCUCCAGAGUAUGGACAGGGGAGAAAGCCCACAACAGCUGGAGAUGUGUACAGUUUUGGCGUAACAUUGCUAGAGAUUUUUACAGGGAAGUGUCCAACUCAAGAGCUUUUUGCAGGGGAGCUCAAUUUGAUCAGAUGGGUUCAAUUGGCUUAUCCAAAGGAAUUGAAUGAAAUAGUAGAUGUUGCGCUAUUGGAAUCACGUUUCAACUUGUACUAUGAAGAGCAAGAGAUUGGGCCAAUUAAGCAGAAUGAAUGCUUGAUUGAUGUCAUUGGUGUUGCACUCUCAUGCACUGCGGAUUCGCCCGAUAAACGUAUUUGCAUGAAAGAUGUGUUUUUGAAGCUCAAGAUGAUAAGAGCCACUCUUAUCCAUAAGGAUUGAAAUGCAAGAGAAUAUGGAUAGGGAGCAGGGAGAUUUUGAGAGUUGGUUUUCUAUCAUUCUGAGUGUUGUAGCAGCACAUCUGUAAGAAGAUUUUGAGAGUUGAGAGUGUAGUAGAAUGAUAGUACUAUAGAAAUGAAGCACAAAGGAGAAGAGAAUAACAACGGAAGAAAAAACUAUAAUUAAGAAAGCACCAAUCUGUACGACUUAAUCCUUGCUCAUUUAAUAAUUAGGAAGAUAUUUGUCAAUAUUAUUUUUUAUGUAAGAGAAGCUUAAAUUUAUAUGCAAAGGAUCUAUAA